AUGGCAGCUGCAAAAAUCAAAAUGGCGUGUCCUAUCCUUCCAGUUACAGUCGUCACCUUGUCCUCGGGAAAAACUUUACUGAUUGUCAAUGGAUAUACAUUUAAAGAAGAAUAUUCUGUGGCGAAAGAAAGGAGAAUUCACACAAGAUGGUGCUGUAGUGAACCUACCAACAUUGAAGCAGUCACAGUUGAAGAGCUUGCUAUUGAAGGAGUGGCAAUCGAACCAGUCGAAGGUCCAGUAGACUCUAUUGAGGGAGUCGAUGAAAUUGAAACUGCUGAAAUUGAAGCUCCCAUUCUUAAUCAAGAAUUAGAAGAAGAAAAAUAUGACAGCGAAAGUAAGGAGGAAGCGAUUGUAGAAGGUGUAGAUGGAGUAUCAAAUAAUGUAGCUCUACUAGUAGAGUCACGCCGAGGGAAAACCGUUCUUCAGUACAACGGUCACAGAUACCGCCAAGCAUAUAAAUCGAAGAGCGGCACCCGUUGGAAUUGCUCCGUUAACAAACAUUGCACCGCUUUCCUGUUUAUAAACGACCAAGAUGAAAUUCUAAUGUCAUAUGAAGAACAUGAUCAUCAGCGACCUACACGGUUCGAAAAUGUCGACACGGAGCAAAGUGAUACAGCAGUGGUGAUCACAUCUCGAAAAGGCAAGGAGAUGCUAUUGUUCCGCAAGUUUACCUAUCGCAAGCAGUACGAUAAAGGGAACAGGUCUCGUUGGGUUUGCUCCACCCUCAAGAACUGCCGUGGUUGCGUCUUCACCGAUAACAAUAACUACAUUAUCUCUGCCUUCGAAGAGCACUGUCAUAAUCCUCCGAAGUACUAUCUGAAGCCAGAUCACUUAAUCGGAGCCCUUAGGGAACCUCUAAUCAUUGAGACCGAUUGA